AUGGAGCUUUGCGCUGACGCACUGCAAGCUAUGCAAGCUUACCUCGACAAAAAUCCGGAUGUCGUUGCACUCAUCAGGGAAAUGAGUGAUGAGGAGAAGAGAAAGUGGAUUGAUGAAGAGUGCUGGAAAGAGCAGCCCCAUGAUGAUGACGAGUACGACUGGCCAGAGGAGACCAACAUGCACGACGUGGCUGCUGAGACUUCUGAGCAGGCGUCCCAGGAAAAGACUUGGAGUCCUGGCACAAGCGGUGCUUGGGAUCAGGCCGAGUGGGGGAAUGACCAAGAGGACAAAACUUGGACAGAUCCGGUGCCCAAUGCCUGGCACGCCUGGAGGAAGGAGAAGCAGGAACCACAAAAAUGGGAGAAGUGCGAGGACUCGUCGCCUUCCGAUCGCGAGGCUACGGACGUUGAGAAUAAGAUGUCUACUGGGAGUGAAGCCAGAGUCCCAGCUUUCUGUGAUCAAUCCAAAAAUUCGGACAUUCCCGACGUGGCGCCGGAAGUGGCCGAGGCGUGUCUGCAGGAUGACGGUACGCCACAGGCGCAUGCUUUCAAGCAAAAGCUGCUGGCUGCUGAGAAGCGGGAAAUUGCGAUGGCGAAGAAGAAAUCCAAGAAGAAGAAGGGUGAAGAAGACAGCGCAGCCGAGCCCGGUGAGAAAGAGAAGCCUGCAAAGGAGCCAAACAAAGCCCCCAAAUGCAAGAAAACAGGCCAGCCACUAAAGGAACCCAAGACCGAGUACAUGGCACGCAAGAGGAGUUUUUUUGCGAAGAAGCUUGGUGGCACUGUUGGUUCCGUUCCUUCUGUGUACAACAUGUAA